AAAAUGUCUCUGUAAUGUAGAUAAAUGUGAGGGAUUUUCUCUCCAAAUCCGUCUCCUGUUCGCUAAAUCUCACUUGUCCACAACGAGCCUGCGCAAUGGAACAAAGUCGGAAUAUUGAGAUGUGACAUUGCCUGCAUCUCAUCCUCUUUCCUGCUUUUUAAUGACUUCAAACAAGUUCAUUUUUGCUGGGCUUUUGCUGGAGACCCAAGGGGAUGUCUAGCGGUUAUUUCUUCCAGGGGCAUUGGUGUGAUGUCUUUAAGUGUACCAUGCGCUGUCUCUCGUGCACCCACACCCUCUCACUGGUGCUGUGCGUCCUCGCGUUGACUCCCGCGACACUGGAGGCGGGGCCGGAGACGCUGUGCGGGGCGGAGCUUGUAGACACGCUGCAGUUUGUGUGUGGAGACAGGGGCUUUUAUUUCAGCAAACCAACAGGAUAUGGGCCUAGUUCAAGACGGUCGCACAACCGUGGCAUCGUGGACGAAUGCUGCUUUCAGAGCUGUGAGCUGAGGCGGCUCGAGAUGUAUUGUGCGCCCGUAAAGCCUGGCAAAACUCCACGAUCCCUACGAGCGCAACGGCAUAUAGACAGCCCAAGGACAGCAAAGAAACCUAUAUCUGGACAAAGCCACUCUUCCUGUAAGGAGGUUCAUCAGAAGAACUCGAGCCGAGGAAACUCAGGGGGCAGAAACUAUCGCAUGUAGAGGACAGUAAGGCGAAUGGCUGAGAGAGACAAGUGAAACUGUUGGACAGCGGGGAAACGGGAUGAAAGAAAGACUGGUCUUCCAGGGACAUGCUCCACUGUAAAAAAAAAACUAAAUAUUAAAAAUAAAAAAAAAUUAAAUAAAAACCAACAAGAUACUGGAUACUGUUAAAGCCCCAUGUUAAGACAAACAAAAUCUGAUGAUUUCCAUAGACUGCACCAUUCCAUACUGGGGGAAAAUCAUAAAUUAGCUGCUAAAAAAGUCAAAUGAUAACGGUUUAUCCUCUUUGUGUGAACGGUUGCACCUAAUGGAUGCCGAAAGCUUUUUAUAGUGGCAAAAAACAAAUUUUUGCAGGCACACGAGAGGCACGAGAAAGGAGUUCGCAGGGAGAUCACGGACCGUGUUGACAAGAAAGGCUGUCUAGACAGUUUAUACCAGAUGGAACCCUUGCAAAACUGAACUACGGCUGCACAGAGAGAUGACAUAUAAAAUACAAAUCAAUCUUUUCUUAUUUGAUUCAUUGUGCAAAACCAGAUCAAGGGGUAUUAUACAAAAACCUUAUGCAGAUAUGCUGAGGUGCUCUAGAGAACACAUUCAGGAUCGAUGGAUCCUGACCUACAUCCUGCAAAACACCCUUUUUUAAAAAAAAUUGUGUGAGGGAUCUUUGCUUCUUUUUUUAAUCAUUUUAACUGCAUGGAUUACCUUCUUUAGAAAAUAGGAGGUGAAAGCCAUUCACUCGAAGUUAUCCGCAUGCAUUUACACCAGUGUAUCAGCAUGCAAAGGAAAGACAACAGAAACUACAACAGAAGCAAAAAAUUACUAGCAAUUGUAACACAUAACAUCAAGAAGAACAAAAUCUGGUUUAGCAGCUACUGUUUAUCAAAUAGGAAGUUGCAGGCUUGCAUCUUUACAGCGAAAGAAUGGUGACAACUCACUGGCUGUAUUAAAGGGAUAUUUCGCCCAAAAAUGAAAAUUGUGGGUUUACUUAAAAUAUGACUUUUGUAGUCCAUUUUUGAUGCGUGUUUCUUCUAGGAAAAAUAAAAAAGGCAAUUGCAAUGUUAUUUUGCAUAAUACAACCUUACGGCUCAUAAGUGAUUACUUUAAACUUUAUCACACAAUUACCCUUUUUAUUUUUUUCUCCGAAGCAGGCUUAUGUAAUUGCAGAGCACCAGUCAUUUGGAAUUAUGUUUCUAUUGCAUUUAAUUUUUGUUCCAUUUGAAGCUUUCCAGACAUGGUCAUUGUACAGGAAAUACUGGAAACAAAUUUCAUUCUGAAAAAAGAAUAAUACCAGAUUAAAAAU